UACACCUGCAACACACAAUCGGCUGUUUGCAAGCCUUGUUGUUGACUACAAAUAGUAUCUGUUACUGGUGGACACCUUCCUUUGUUUGACAUUGUGAAAAGGAGAAACUUAAUCAUCUAGUUUUCAGUAGCUAUAUACAUGUAUCACAGAAAGGAGGGUUUUUCCCACAAGUUCUGGGUUAUAGGAAUUAUCAGGAUGCGUUUUCACAGAUGAGAUGACACCAAAGCUCUGCUAGCAUGUCUUUUUUUUCUCAGUUCUUCGGGUGAGUUUGAAAGGUCUCAACUCUUCCCCUCAGGACUGAAAAAAAAGCUCUCUGAUCUGUUGCAGAUAUGAAAUAUCGAGCUGUUUUGCCCCUUGCUGCUGUAAUUAUUGUCCUCCUAAUCACAUGGGGAAUAUCCAUCAAUUCAUCCGUAGCACAGGAGAGAGAAAGGAAUCCUCUUGCUCCAACUACGUCUGUGCCAAAGUGCAGUCUCUCUAGAGUGUGUCCACCCAACCAUAUUGCUUUACGUAUCAGGAGCGGCGCCGCUGAUAUUGUCGGGCCAACGGUCUGUUUUGAUGGCAAAAUCAUAAUGAGUCAUGCACUGAAUAACGUGGGACCAGGGCUAAACAUUGCAGUGAUAAAUGGUGAAACUGGAGUUGUGGAAAAAUCUGCCUGUCUUAACAUGAAAACAGGAGACCCAAAAGACAUCCUUGCACACCUGAAGAAGAUAAAACGUGGAAUGAUCGUUUUGGUGGCCUCCUUUGAUGAUGUCACACAAAAAAUGACAAAUGAAAUGAGGGAGAUAUUCAGUGAAAUGGGAAGCACUUUGAUCAGGUCUGUAAAGCGCAGAGACAGCUGGGUGUUUGCUGGAAGAGCAGGCACAAAAAUCAAAAGCCUCUUUGAGAAGCAAGCUGUUAAUGAUGAAAAAAACAACAUUUAUGGAGGAUGGCCAGAGAUGGUGGAGGUGGGCGGCUGUUUCCCAAGAGCCUUCAGCGACUGACUGACUGACUGACUUACAUAAACAUUAAUUAACAUGAACUGUAAAAAGUGACUGCAUUUUUUUAAAUGGCCUUUCAAGAUUUACUGACGCAAAAAACAUACCUGUCUAUAAUUUCAGUAAAAGCACAUAUUAAUAUUUUACCGACAUUAUUAAUCCCGCUUCUGUUUACAGUGUAAAAGAAAGCAACUCACCCACCACUUCAUUUGGUACACCUGUUCAACUCUUUGUCAAUACAAAUAUCUAAUGAGCCAAUCGCAUAGCAGGAAUGCAUUGCAUUUACACAUGCAGACAUGGUAGAGAUCACCUGUGGAUCAUCGGUGAGGAAAGAUGAUUACGUGACUUUGAAGAUGGCAUGGUUGUUCGUGCCAGACGGGGGCUGGUCUGUCUAUUUCAGAAACUGCUGAUCUACUGGGAUUUCCAGAGAAUGGUCCAAAAAAGAAAAAUUAUGAAUGGCCAAACUGUUUUGAGCUGAUAGGAGCUCAAAUAACCAUCCAUUAUAGUCAAGAUAUGCACAAAAAUACACAGUGCAUUGAAUCCCGAAACAGAUGGGCUGCAGCAGCAGAUGAAGACCACACCAGCUGCUGUCAACUAAGACCUGGAAACUGAAGCUGCAGUUUGCCUAUGUAAUACUACGCAUGAGUAUCAAUUUCUGCUGAAACCUGCAGAUGGGAGCGUGAGAAUUUGACCUAAAUAACAUGAAAGCAUGGGUCCAUCCUGUCUUGUUUCAGUGGCUCAGGCUGCUGCUGGUGGUGUAAUGGUGUGUAUUUUGUUGUCACACUUUGGGAUCCUUAAACACCACAGCCCACCUAAGAAUUGUUGACCGUGUCCAUCCCUUUAUGACCGCAGUGUCUCCAUCUUCUGAUGGCUGCUUCCAGCAGGAUAACGCACCAUGUCACAAAGCUCAGAACUCACUGUCAUGGUUUUUUGACCUUGACAGUAAAUUCACUGUACUAUGAUGGCCUUCCAGGAUUAGUAUUUCUUCCCCCGUUGAUAUUUCUUGAUAUUUUUAUCCUAAUGAACGCUCCAAGCAUAGAAGAUAUGCCUUUUUUUUAGAUUAGUGAUUGUGGGCUGUAUAGUAAAUGUUCAAAUAGUAGAAGUCAAGUUACUGAGUACUGUGCACAUAUCUCUUACUAAUGGCCUUGAAACACUUUUGUUCCUUUACAACAAAGCUGCUUUACCACUAGACUAAUUACUUUGGUCCAGUGGUUCAAAGCAUAGAGCGACGGCUCCUGUAAGGGGGUCACAAGUUUAAAUGUGACAGAUUAGAAAAUGAUUAAUGGGACAGAGAAGAAGUAGUUCUGUUCUCUUGUAAUUUUAUAGACUUUUCCCCGAGCCUUGUGCGUUUAAUUUAAAAUCUUAAAUCUUUUUAGCUAAAUCCAUCCAGCCAUCCAUUCAUCCAUUUAGCCGGUCUAUGGCAGUGCUUUAAAAUAAACAGUCCAAUAAAAUGCAUGUAUACAAAUCUACUUAAAUACAGCACUUAAUAAGUAAGUAUAGAGUUAAAUGUUUUGGUUUUUUUGCUGAACACCUUUAGUCUGCUCAACAGGAGCUUUUCUCGGUAGUGGCUUCCCUCUGGUCCAAACACAGGGCACUUUCCUCCCUCUGUGGCAUUCUUGGCUGCUGGAGCAGAGAGAGAGGGUAACCUCAAAUUAUUGCUGAAACCCCGUAAAGUGUGAGCCCAGACGGAAUCUGUGCAAGCACCAAAUCUGGACUCACUCUGAAGACAUGGGAGUCACCCAUGGGAAGAGGGUAAGUUUGUUGCUAUCGUCCUAAUUUUCAUUUAAAGUACUUUGGGAGCAUCAGGAAGGUGUGCGUUUGUGUGUGUGUUUGUGUGUGUAAGUGGUAUUUUUAGAAUCCAAAUGUUGUAAGUGACACAACCAUUUACUGUAAGUUACCUUACUGUUUCCAAAGUAUUUAUAUUUACCGACGUUUAACUUUACUGCUAUCUUUAAAUUUGUUUUCCUUUUUGCUUUUAAAAUAAAGUUCAGUCUGUAUUACUCAGAUAUAUACUUUGCUAUUACCUGGUUAUAACUUUGUUUUGCUUAGUUAUUACCUCGUUACUCUACUUUGGUAUUAUUGUGUUAUUACUGAGCUUGACAUGAAGUGCUCACAGCUUUUGUCCUACAGUAUCAUUUUUCCUCUGGCAGAUUUUUCUCUUACUGACAUCUCUCGUUUUUUUUACCCAUUGCUCAAAGGCAGUGAAUGCUUAAACAAAUAUUGGUUUUUAUAUCCAACUGAAAAAAUGCACUCUGAAAAAUGCACUCUGAGAAGCUGCCCUUGGAGACUGUUUAUCCUGUCAUGUCCUAUUAAUUCUUCUCCCUACAAUAUCCACUGUGUGAGCUUUACCAAAACAAGACCCCCCACCCUGAAAAAACAGUGGCUAGCAGCAAUUUGUCAUUAAAAUGUAUUCAUUCCUCAUCUAGAUUCCCUCUCAUUCUGACAAUUUACUGUCAUCUUGUUGAAUUUUUAUUUAUUUGGAUAUUGUUGCUGGAAUUUGAUCACAUUGAGCAUUCAAAUUCUUUUUUUUUUUUUUUUUUUGCCUGUUUAAAUGUAGCUCAAAUGUCACUAUGGAAAGCUGGAAAGCUCCGAAGUAGCAGACAGUUUUCAAACAAAAAAAGGUUUUAUGUUACCAUGCAUGCUUUUCCUGCAUAUUUAUGAAAUACUUCAGUAAGCAACAAAAACAGUCCAGAGCUGAAUGAACUGUUUAUUCAGCUGUCCAGACUGAUUCACAGAGGAUAAUGAUUCUUGUCCCAGCUAUUAAUUCUGCUUAAAUUCCAGCAGGCAAAUAACUCAGUGGGAAUUAACUGUGUUUUGUUUGAUCCUGUCAUUAAUGAGGUGGCAGCCUUCCACCUCAACAGUAAGGGUUCUCGCUUCACUGGACAUGUGUAAGGAGCUGACACUUCAUUUGUCUGUCAGCAUCAUAAUGCAGCUUUGUGUUUGUGCUAUUUCCAAUAAGAUGCAGUGUUGACUCGACUUGGAGAUUUCUAUUUGUUUCCUUUUCCCUGUGCUGCUUUUAUUUUUGCAUGUACGUAUCUAUAAAACAGCAAUAUUUGUCUGGGGGGAUGUUGGUAUCUUUAGGAUGUAUUAUUUCCUUUUCCCCCCCACCCUUUUCUGUUGACAGAGAGAUCUUCAGCAUUUUCCAGGUAGAGAUGAGACACAGUUUCAUAUGUAUGCCUCCAUGAUGCAGACUCAUCAAACCGAACUUGAAGGCCAAUUUUCAGAGCUUCAGGCUUUUCCAUCCCAACUGCAGAGUGAGGAGGAGAGCAGUAAUCUAAUCAGACCCCUAAAAGCUACUAGUGCGAUAACUGCCCUGGAGAGCCACCGGGAGCUGCAUAAGGAACUGCGGAUGACCCACAAGAGGAAGAGAGUGUCUCAAGAAGGAAAGACUGAACUCCAGCGAGUUCUGGAAAAAAGGAAAUGGGAACAAAGAUUGAAAGCGAGCAGGGAUCAAGAGGAGGCAAAGAAGAAGACAUCAGAGCUACAUCAAGAGCUGCUGAAAAGACAACAGAGGCUUGAAAAUCUGGAAAAAGAUCAGAAAGUUAAACAAGAAGAACCAGAGUUCAUCCAAGUCAAAGAGAGACUGAGGAAGACUGCAGUGCCCUGUGCAAGGGCAAAAGAAGUGUGACCGUUUUAUAACUACGUGUGUGUUUUGUAUUCACAGUCAGUGCAAUAGACUGUUGGGAAUAACUGACCUGGUGAAGGAUUCUUCUGCUAUAAAUAGAAUAGAUAGAUAAUACAGCUCAAUGCUCAUGAUCGAGGCGACACCUUCUGGUCAAGUGGAGACACGUCA